AUGGGAGUCCUACAACAGACCUUCCCCCUCUCCCUCAUCUACUUCUCCCUCGUCUUCCUCUCAGGCGUGAUCCUCGGCUCCAUCCGCGUCCCCUAUCUACAACCACUGAUCGGGGCGCGGUACGCCGAGCUGUUCGAGAUGCCCAUCAUGCUGAUCAUCAUCUGGCAGGCGGCGCAGGUGACAGUGUGGAACCUGGAGUCCGGCCAAAAGCAGCCGAAGGGCAGCUGGUGGAAGAACGGGUUGCGGUUCAUGGCGUCGACGCCUGUGCUGGUCGGCGUGCUGGCGCUCGUGUGGCUGCUGGCCGUCGAGCUGGGCACCAGCGUCGUCGCCCAGGUCUCCUGGGGCACGGGCUCCUGGUGGGACGGCAUCGUCCAGUACUUCACGGGACGCGACGUCGUCGCCGGCCCGGUGUUCGGGAUGGUCCUGUUGGCGUACGCUGCCAUGCCGUGCAUCGCGUGGCUGGUACAGACGCAGGAGGACACGGAUAAGUUGUUGUGGGACUUUGAUGAGUCCUUGGCCGAGCAGGAGGACUACUGCUCUCGGUGA